AUGAUGGACCAUGUCCAUGUUGAUCGUCUUGCAGCUCAAGGAGCGACUCUCAAGAGUGGCAACCUAAGAGAAGACGUAAAACUACCUCUUGGUGAAGACAUCAACGAGUGGUUGGCCACUAACACUGAAGAUUUUUACAACCAUAUUAGCGUUUUGUACUCUACUCUCGGAGAGUUCUGCACACCGGCCACUUGCCCAAUCAUGGAUGCUGGAUCCAAAGAUGAGGAUACUAUAUUUCUGCCAGUAACUGUAACUGUUUCAGCUCCUGAAUACGUUGAGUGUCUCAUGGAUUGGAUUGGAACUCAGAUCGAUGACGAAACCAUCUUUCCGCGAAAAACUGAAGCACCAUUCCCACCAUACUUCAAGGAUUUUGUGAAGCGGAUUUUGAAGGGAAUGUAUCGUGUUUAUGCACACAUCUAUCGUUCUCACUUUAAGAAGAUUGUGCAUCUCAAGGCAGAAGCUCAUCUCAACACAUGCUUCGAGAACUUGGUUUUCUUCGUAACUGAGUUCCAGGUGGUUGAUAAAAUAGAGAUGGAUUCUCUCAAAGAGCUCGUGGAGAAGAUUCUUGAUCCAUAG